CUUAUAUCAACAAACAUGUGCUUCACUGCUACGGUUAGGUCAGCAUAGUAUCGUGGCCGCAAACUUUCUCUUAUCUGUUUCAAUGUUUAUCUAUCAACAGCUAUAUAAAACGGAAUACCAAAAACAAAAUCUUAUCAUACCUCAAAUACUUGUACUAAAUGUCCUUACGGUUUAUUUUACUUUUAACCUAACUGUAACAUGUUAUAGCUUUAACACAGUAUUAAUUCUAUUUCUGAGAUUCCAUAUAGAGCCCUUAUAUAAGUCGGCACUUAGUGUCCACUUGGCAGGGUGUAUGCACAAAUUGCAGACAAGAUGCUAUACAUAAACGAAAGCAAUGUAAAAGAUAUUCUGACAUGGGAGAAGACAUUUGAGGCCGUCGAGGUGGCUAUGAAGAGAUUGUCCUCUGGACAAACAGUUCAAAUGCCACGAACACAUACUAUUAUUCCCGGCAGUGAUAACGUACUAUUGACUAUGCCUGGAUAUUUGAAAGAUGAGAAAUUUGGUGCUUUGGGUUGUAAGCUGGUUACCUAUUUCCCUGGUAAUCCCAAAAGGACUGAAGCUUUACCAUCAAUAAAUGCCAAUAUCAUGAUACUGGAUGAAGCUACUGGAAUUAUGAAAGCGGUAGUAGCUGGCACAGAAAUCACAACCCAAAGGACAUCUGCCGCCUCUGCUGUUGCAACUAAAUACCUAUACGUCAAUCAAGGGAAGGCUUGCAAUAUUCUUGCCAUUUUGGGAACUGGAAUUCAAGGAAGGAUUCACGCUGAAAUGUUCAGACACUUUUUCCACUUUCAAGAGAUCCGUUUAUGGAAUAGAACUAAAGAGAAAGCAAAGUCAUUAGCAGAGGAACUCAACAGAAAGUUCGAUACUAAUGUAUUCAAGUAUUAUGAAAACAAUGAAAGCUGUGUGAGAGGUGCUGACGUGAUUGUUACUACAACUGCUUCUCCUGUACAUAUAGUCCAUUAUGCUUGGGUUAAGCCAGGAGCUCAUAUCAAUGCCGUCGGUGCAAGCAGGAAUCACUUCUCCGAACUCGACGAGCAAUUGUACCGAAACAGCGACCUUUAUCUGGAUAGUGUAGAAACUAUGAAACCCGAAAUGGCAGGUUUGGACAUGUUGACAGACAGUUUAAGAGGAGAGGUAGGUGCUGUUAUAAACAAGAUGAUCCCAUCUAGUCCAAAUGAAAGACCAACCAUUUUCAAUGGAGGCGAGUCAGAUGACAUUAAAUACUCCAUACUGGAUGCGAUAAAAACUGAGUUAAUGGUCACGUUGUUUCUGUUUAGAGACAAAACAUCCCCUUGGGAUGGCUGUCGAAGACUGUGCAGUAGGAAGGGCUGUAUAUGAUUUAUAUCAUGAAAGGAAGAUAUAAUAUAUAAAAAUACUUGAUAAUUUUAAAUUAUAUAAGUAAUAUAGUGCUUUUGGUCAAUGCAACGGUUAUAAGCCUUUUUCCUUUUUCGAGCUAUGUCUGAGAUUAAAAUGAGCAUAAUUGUUUUUUGAAAACUAUGCCUGAAUUAAGAGGAUAUGUGGUAUUUUUAAUGGCAACCAUUUCUUAUGCUACAAGCAUUUGCAAAUGAGAGAUCGCUUACAUAUACAGGGUGUCCCAUCCAUGUGUGGACGGAAUAUUACUCAUAAACAAAUACAUUUUGGGAAAAUCUAUUUAUGGCAUGUUAUACAUGACGUUUGAGGGCACAUUUCUAAAAUAUUGGCCAUCACACAGGGUAUCCCAAUUUCGACCUAUAUAUCAAAGUUGUGAUUUUUCAAAUGGAAUGCCUCAAAUUUUAAUGCAUAUUUAGAGAAACCUAUUCAAAAGAAGAAAAUUGAUAUAACAUACUAUGGGGUUUUGGUAAUUAGCUAUUGAGAUAUAAGGUGUUUUGUCUAGAAAAACCCCUCACUUCGACAACCCCUCAGUCCAAGAUUUUGACAUUUGGAGUGCUGA